AACGGAUGUCGUGGCGAACGCAUCUUAUCAAGAAAAAGAAAAUCAAGCUUUCCAGAUUUAUCAAGCAAGGACUGGAAGUCUGGUGAUCGUGGCAGGACGAUACAUCUAUCAAGAUCUUAUCAAGAGAACCAAGCAUGGACGAGAACUGGUUCGGGUGGGCACCCGAUUCAAGCGCUGAAAACUACGACAAUGGCGCGGGCGGUAGCAGAUCAACAUCUCCCAAUCGAAUGAAACUGAAAUCGAAGAGUAAGAUUUCGAAAAAGAUGCUAAUGGAGCAAAUGGUAGCACUCAAAAACGAGUUGGAUUUCGUUAGAAAAGAAAAAGACCAAUUACUGCUUAACAAAGAAAACGCAGGAAAUAAUCAAACAAGACAAAUGGAUACGUGUCAACAACAGGCAUCUGGCAACGAGUCCCUGUUAGCCACCAUGAACCACAUGUCACUCGGAUCGUUAAAUAUCCCGGAAUGCAGCCCAUCUGAAGGAGAAAUCGAUAUUGACAAGAAGGCAUAUGAACAUUGGAAGGAGGUUGUAACAGCAUCGUUUAAUCUGGUCCAAGCGACGGAUGAAAGUGCGAAGAUGAACAUUUUAGAAUUAAAAGCUGGGACGAAACUCUUGGAAGUGAUGCAGGGAACAUCGACCGCUAUAGAUAUGCCUCCGGAGAUUACACAUCCGUUCUCUAACGCAAUUGCUCGGUUAGAUCGAUUCUUUGGGUCAAGGACUUACAUUAUUGGACAACGAGGCAAAUUGAUGAACACUAUACAACUCCAAGGAGAAUCAAGCUUUUCUUUCGUCCGUCGGGUAGCAGCGGCAGCUAGGCUUUGUGACUACAGAAACGAGGAGGAAAUGGAAGCUAUAGUUCGAACUAUUGUUAAAGGGACAAGCGAUAGUCGUGUGCGCGUGUUAGCUCAACGAAACUGGGUAAACCAAGGCGACAUGAAUAGCCUAAUUGCUAUGGUACGAGACCGAGAGAUGGAGAUUUUCAAUGAGGAAGAAUACCAGAAACUAAAUCGACAAAGCAUCGCUGCAGUAACUGCAGCACCGCAAGGCACAACUCAACGAUUCCAGUUACGACGUGGAACCGGAUCAAGAUAUCAGGGAUAUCAUCGCGGAAAAGGUUCCUCUUAUCAUCGUUAUCAGGCUCUCCGUGCAAGUUCACCCAGAAAUGCUUGUUGGCGAUGCGCCAGCAUGUACCAUGGUCCAGCAGAUUGUCCAAAUCUGGAUAAGGUGUGCCAUAAUUGUAACCGACGUGGUCAUUUAGCUCGAGCUUGUUCAGCUCAGUCCCGACAAGGAAGCGGUCAAAAGCGAAUACACGAUGGAACGGAAGAAGAAGAGCCGAGAGCUAAGAUCGCAGCAAUUACUCAAAAUGGGGAAGAUAAUGAAGAAAAGAAUGAAAAGAAAUACAUAUCCGAAACUACUAUCACUGAAAAGACAAUAUGCACUGUACCAGCUUACAAUCCACUAACAGAGGAAGAUGCAUAUGUUAUUGGUCGAAUUGCUGGGGUACGGGUAAUUUUCUUUAUUGACUCCGGAGCACAAGUAAACACUAUCACGAAACAAACUUGGGAUAAAAUGCGACAAAACAAGUGUACCGAGAGCGAACUCCAUGAGGAGAUUAUGCAGUCAGUUAUUUUAACAGGAUGUGAAGGAACGGUAAACUACCAGGAUGAUGUACUAGUGUUCGGAUCAACAAAAGAAGAACACGAUAGGAACCUGGCUGAAGUUAUGAAGCGUCUCGAGGAUCACAAUGUUAUGAUAAAUAAAAGCAAAUGCGUAUUUGCCAAACAAAAAGUAACAUUUCUUGGGUUCGAUUUAUCAGCCAGUGGCUGGAGUAUUGAAAACGACAAGAUAAAGGCCAUUCAACAGUUUCGCCGACCAGAAAACCAAGAUGAAGUCAGGAGCUUUCUAGGAUUAAUCAACUAUAUUGAAAGAUUCAUACCUCAUAGAGCAGAUAAGACAUGGCGAUUGCGAGAAUUGGCAAGAUCGAAGCAAUUUUACUGGUCAACAGAAUUGGACCAAGAGUUCAACUAUCUAAAAUGUGAUGCCUGGACUAAAAUCAAGACAUUAGGAUACUAUAAGCAAAACGGAUGA